AUGCUGAUGGCCCCCUUGCUGACCGUGACAGGAGCGGCCCCCACGCCACCACCCAGCAGGGCCCCCCUGAAUACAAGGGGCUGCCACCUCACCCAGUACAAGUCUCUGUCCCCAGGGGAGCUGCAGGCCUUCAAGAAGGCCCAAAAUGCCUUGGAAAGGACCCCCUUGCUGAAGACCUGGCGCUGCAGCUCCCCUCUCUUCCCCCUCAGCUGGGACCUGAGACACCUGCAGGUGUGGGAGCGCCCUGUGGCCUUGGAGGCUGAGCUGGCCCUGACGCUGAAGGUCCUAGAGACUGUGGACAAGUCAGCCCUGGGGACUCUCCUGGACCAGCCCCUUCACACCCUGAGCCACAUCCGCUCGGAACUCCUGGCAUGUACCCCAGCUCAGCCCACAGCAGGGCCCCAGGCCCGGGGCCGCCUCCACCGCUGGCUGCACAGGCUCCAGGAGGCCGAGAAGAAGGAGUCCCAAAGCUGCCUGGCCGUCUCGGUCACAUCAAACCUCUUCCGCCUGCUCACACGGGACCUGAAAUGUGUCGCCAGCGGAGACCAGUGUGUGUAA